CGGAAGUGCGGCGAUGGCGGAGUUCUAUGUCAAGCUGGGGAACCAGCAGCGCGGCUGGAAUGACCCCCCUCAGUUCUCCUACGGGCUGCAGCAACGUCCGGCUCCUUCCAGCGGCUGGACUCAGCGGGGUCGCUUCCGGAGAACAGUGACGACGGCGACAAAAGGAAAAGAACCCGAAGCGGUGCCGCAACCCCCCGUUGCCUCUAGCCCAGUUGGAUUGCUUGCCCCACAGUCUGUGAACCUGCCUCCUCCUGGACCGCCAGCCUCCUCUUUUCCGAGAGCAGAUGCCACAAGACCGUCUGUUGUAGAGACUGACAAGGAAUAUGAUGCAGAGGAUGUGCUCUCCUCCUUGCAUGAGGCUCUGAACAACUGUAGGAGUUUGGUGCAGAAACAGGUUUGGGAUGAUAUCCGUAAGCGCUUGGUAAUUCUGCAGGAAAUGUGGGCACAAGGCAAAUUAUCUUACCCUGUAAGAAAAAGAAUGGGAAUUCUAACAGAAGAGCUCAAGAGUCAGCACUGGGAUGCAGCUGAUGACAUUCAUCGCUCACUAAUGGUGGACCAUGUUGCUGAAGUAAGCCAGUGGAUGGUGGGAGUCAAAAGGCUUAUUGCUGAAACAAAGAACUUGGCUGGAGGAGAUCCACUGCAGUAGAUCAUGAGCAAGGAGUCAACCCUGUUUGGAAUCUGAAUGCUUAUAAGGUUCAUCUGAGACCAGGAACUGGGCAAUACAAAAAUGGGCCUUGUCUGGAAGGCAACCUGGGAUUUGACUUCCUAACCAGUAGAGAAACGGUUUUAUCUCCUUAAUAACAACUGUAUAAUCCAAGUUGCAUUUUCCAACUUGAUCACAUCAUGAUCAGUGAGAAUUUUUCUGAUAAGCUAAUGAACAGAGCAACUUUUUGAAGAUGAUGACGGGUUAAAAAUAGUAAUUUUGCAGAUACUACCUUUUAAUUGUACAGUGAAUCCUAAGUGCCAUGCUGGGUUAAAUUUAAACAAUUUGUUAGUAAAGUUACUGAAGUCUUCCUGUUUUUGUUUUUGUUUUCUUUUCCCAAUAAGUGUGUUCCUUAUUUUGCCUGCAGAAUUCAGUCCACCUUCUCUGUUCUGUAAAGAGUACCUAUUGUACAAAAGUUGUUUUCUGUUCUUGAGCAUGGCUUAGUACUAGAGAUCACUAAAAUAAGGGGAAGACGUUAAAAUAAAUUUUAGAAAACCCUUUUAUUGCAAUCACUUCAUUUCAGGGAAGAAUUGAUUUUAUAUGACUGUAUUAAAACUGCUAUAACUUUUCAUUUUAUCCUUUUUUUAUUUAACCAGUGCCUCUAAUAACUUUUCUCUUGUAGCAGGUGGUAGCUGGUUGCCCUGUGCUUCUUGUUUAAAACAAGAAUCCUAAAAAAAAAGAAUCCUAAAAGAAAUCUUUACCAUUUUAUAAAAUAUGUGGAAACAGGUUUAAAUGGCAGCAAAGGGAUUCAUGAAUAAAGUUUACUAAACCAGAGUGGUUUCAUGGGUCCCUGCAUGGAACAGUGGGUGGAGCUUGAUGGCCUCAUUCCCCUUUCUCAUUCUAUGGGGCUUUUAAUGGAGGGAUGCUGUCGAGAGCAUUUUCCUCUGCCAGCAUUCAACACUUGAUGUUGUGGUUCUUCCUGGAUUUGGCAUGCUGUGUUUAAUAUAUGGAUAAAAUAGUAGCAUGUAUCAA